UUCACUUCACCUUCACCAACAAAUACCAUCCAACAUGGGAGGCAAGAAAGCCGCCGGCGAAAACUCCAAAAAGGCCGCAGGAAACGCCCGUGUAUGUUCUUCCUCCAAUUUUCACCCCUCAUGCGGUGUAAUUAGCUACGCUACGCGCAAGAAUUAUUCUUACCCCGCCCCCGCUCAACCACCACCACCACCCCAUUCCGAAAAGUCUGCACGAUAACGGUAUACACGCAAGCUAACAAGAAACUCAUGGGGAUAGAAAGCCGAAGCCGCGGCGCAGAAAAAGGCCGUCGAGGAUUCCAAACGCGCCGCAGAGGAGGAUAAGCAAUGGUCCAAGGGUGCGAAGAGUAGUGCGAAGCGUGACGACGCCGAAGCCAAAAAAGCCGAAGCCGCGCGCAAAAAAGCCGAACGCGACGCUCUCCUCGCCGCCGAAGAAGCCUCCCAGCCCAGCAAACCCAAGAACACCAAGUCCGCU